AUGAAAUUGAAUGUAAAAAAAAAUAACUGUGGAAGAUGGGUGAAGAAUUUAUAUGAGAAGGCGUUCGAUUUUGGAUACAGUAACAAUGAUGACUAUUGCUGUGCCAGGUAUCCCUUGUCACAUCCAAAUAUUUCCCAUCAAUCCUCCAGGAUCUCUACAAUUUCAAGAGAAUCGAACCAAGUUUUAGCGAUACCCUGUGAGUUCUGCAAUGUUUUAUGGGAUUCUAAUCUGUUAUAUUUGCAUCAAGCGCAAUGCCCACAAAAUCCUGCAAAUUCACCUAGACCAUCGGCUCCCAUUGGUUCUCAUCGAGCGUCUAGAAGUACUCGAGAUUCUUCUCCUUCUCGUUUCACCAAUAUGAACGUUCCUAGUUCGAUUUCUUCUCGCACUAAUCAUUUAGAUCCUCCACGAUGUCCUAUCACGCAAGAACCUUUUACUGAUCCAGUUCUCGCUGAAGACGGCCAUACAUUCAAUCCUACAUAUGAUGUUAAACAGAACGUUCAACUAUCGUCUACUCAAACACUAGGAAAAUCUCAUGGUGAACGUCUCGUUCGACCAGUUGCACAUUUUCAAGUGCAAUGGACGAUCUUUUUGGAAUGCACGAAACAUAGUUCAAUUCAGGGUUCGACAUUUGUUCAAUUACGAGAAAAGAUACGUCGGUUUUGA